AUGGCGGAGGUGGGGGGGGUCUUCGCCUCCUUGGACUGGGAUCUACACGGCUUCUCCUCCUCUCUGGGGAACGUGCCCUUAGCUGACUCCCCGGGCUUCCUGAACGAGCGCCUCGGCCAGAUCGAGGGGAAGUUGCAGCGCGGCUCGCCCACAGACUUCGCCCACCUGAAGGGGAUCCUGCGGCGCCGCCAGCUGUACUGCCGCACCGGCUUCCACCUGGAGAUCUUCCCCAACGGCACGGUGCACGGCACCCGCCACGACCACAGCCGUUUCGGAAUCCUGGAGUUUAUCAGCCUGGCUGUAGGCUUGAUCAGCAUCCGGGGAGUGGACUCUGGCCUGUACUUAGGAAUGAAUGAGCGAGGAGAACUCUAUGGGUCGAAGAAGCUCACACGUGAAUGUGUGUUCCGGGAACAAUUUGAAGAAAACUGGUACAACACCUAUGCUUCCACCUUGUACAAACACUUGGACUCGGAGAGACAGUAUUAUGUGGCCUUGAAUAAAGAUGGCUCACCCCGGGAGGGAUACAGGACUAAACGACACCAGAAAUUCACUCACUUUUUGCCCAGGCCAGUAGAUCCUUCUAAGUUGCCCUCCAUGUCCAGAGACCUCUUCCGCUAUAGGUAAUGGAACCCUAGUGUGACCUUUGUGACCCCUGUACUCUAGGGCCACAGUUGUCUCCACAAGCACCAUACUCAUAGCUUCUCAAUCCUCUUUCCUACCAGUUUAGAUAACAGAGGA